UGCAAUUGGCAGGCACUUGGCUUUCAGUUGCAUUUGUUGUGUCGCUGUGUAACGUUAAGGUCAUAGAUCGCCUUCAAAAUGCUGGCUUCUAGCAUCGCCCAAACUGUUAGCAAGGCAGUUGCAACUCAACUAGCUAAAAAAUUCUCCACAUCAUCAGUUGUAAGCCGUCAUGUUGCAGUGAUGGGAGCUAGUGGAGGCAUUGGCCAGCCUUUGUCUCUACUGCUGAAGAACAGCCCACUUGUGACUCAGCUUUCACUGUAUGAUAUUGUGCACACUCCUGGUGUUGCUGCUGAUCUUUCACACAUUGAAAGCAAGGCCAAGGUUCAAGGAUUUGUGGGUGCUGAUCAACUUGAGACCAGCUUGAAGGGAGCAGAAGUUGUUGUUGUGCCUGCUGGUGUGCCGCGCAAGCCUGGUAUGACCAGAGAUGACCUCUUCAACACCAACGCCUCCAUUGUGGCCACCAUUUCUCAGGCCUGCGCUAAGGUCUGCCCAUCAGCAAUGGUGUGCAUCAUCAGUAACCCUGUGAACAGCACCGUGCCUAUUGCCUCAGAAGUUUAUCGCAAGGUUGGGGCGGACGCAAGCCGCAUAUUUGGCGUCACAACACUGGACAUUGUACGUGCCAACACUUUCAUUGCCGAACUCAAGGGACUGGACCCCGCUACUGUCAAUUGCCCCGUUAUUGGAGGCCAUGCUGGUGUGACCAUCAUCCCCCUGACCUCACAGUGCUCUCCUGCAGUCACCUUCCCUGACGAGCAGCUCAAGGCUCUCACUGUUAGGAUACAGGAUGCUGGCACUGAAGUGGUAAAGGCUAAGGCUGGUGCUGGAUCAGCGACGCUCUCCAUGGCUUAUGCAGGAGCCCGCUUCGCCAUUUCUGUUAUCAAGGCCUUGAAUGGCGAGCAGGGCAUCGUUGAGUGCUCCUUUGUGAGGUCCGACAUCACGGAGGCCAAAUAUUUCUCGACGCCAAUCUUAUUUGGCAAGAAUGGAAUCGAGAAAAAUCUGGGUCUCGGCAAGCUCACCGAGUUCGAGUCUAAGCUUGUGCAGGAAGCACUGCCUGAGUUGAAGGGAAGUAUUAAGAAAGGAGAAGACUUCGUGGCGGCCAUGAAGUAGAUUAUAAAGCCUACUUUUACCGUGAUUGAGAAACUUGUAAUAUAUUAUCUACUAAUUCCAGACAUCAGUGUCUAAUAGGGCGGUUGCCCGUUGAAACGUUGCACCCGCCUGUGCCGAAGUUACAAAGGGAAGUAAGACCAAACUAAUGUUUGUUUCAUCAGUAUUUAUUUUAUAACGAUUUAUGAUUUCCUUCAGUUCGAGAAAGCUGCGAUUAUGAUUGACUCAACCAUGCAGAAACACCAUAUUUGACUGAGUAAAAAUUACUUGGAAAA